AUGUUGGCUUGGCUUAGAUAUCGUAUUAAAUCUUAUAAUACUACUAGUACUACUACUGCCAGUGCUUCCUCAUUAUUAUCAUCAGCCAUGUUUAGAAAAUGGUACAAACAAGGAACAAAGUUAAACUUUACGUUACUUAUCCUUUGUCUACUUUUAACAUUUUCAGUUUUCUUCAAUUAUUUUUACUUGGCUGAUAAUUAUGGGUUUGAUAUUAAUACUGAAGAUCAAGAAAAGAUCUUCAAUGAUAGAAAAGUUGUUAUUUUCCCUAACAACUUUGAAAUUACUGACAAAAACUUAGUUGAAUAUUAUCUCAAAACUCUUGAAGAACCUUUACAUCCACAAGAUACAAUUUAUAGAAACCGAUUCACUUACAAAGUACCCGACGUCACCUAUAAAAGUCAAUCUAUCAAUCUAUUUAGUGGUCUUUCUCAGAAUAGUCAAUCUUCCCAAUGUGAAGAAUUAUCUUCAGUUUAUAAUAUUGACGUUAGUGGACCUCAAAACAAAAAUUGUGAUUUAUAUAAAGUUUUAGGGAAAUUUUUGAAUGACAAUAGUGAAUAUUUCCAAGAAGUUUCACCACUUUUCCCCAAUUUGAAAGAAUUACUAACCAAAAAACAGAUUGAAAAACAUUGGUAUCAAUUAAUUGGAUCCUCAGUUUGGUUGGAACAAUAUGGAGUUCAUUUGAUGACUUCAAGGAUAUUCUAUUCGAGUACGGGGGAUAAAGUGAAACCAGUGGUUUCAUUAACUUAUGUACAAGCAUUUGAUCAUGAUUGGCGUGAAAUUGAAAAUGUCGAGUUAAUUGUUCCUGAUGGUGAAGGUAAAUACAAACCAAAAACUUAUCCCACAUUUUUACCAAUGUCAGUUUACCACAAUGAAAAGCAACAACAAGGUAGAUUUUAUGGUGUGGAAGAUCCUAGAAUAACAUUAGUGAGAAAUAAACUUGGUUAUGAUGAACCAAUAAUUGUUUAUAAUUCACAUCAUCGGAAAAUUACUAAUGCCAAAUCUGAUAAUGAUGGUGAAAGUAAUAUUCACUUCAAAGCGUAUCGAUCAAUAUUUAUGGCAUGGUUAUGGCAAAAUCAAAAGGGGAAAACCAAUGUUGAAGAAAUAGUAAAUGGGAAAGUGAAAAAUCGGGUUUAUGUCAAGAGUAAGGAAUUAAUAAAACCUAAUAAUAAAAGAGAAGACAAGGAGAAAAAUUGGGCUCCAUUUAUUAAUUAUCAACAAAGAAUGAAACAAGGUUUUGAUUCGCAUAUAUAUUUUAUAUAUCAAUUCCAAGAUUUGAAAAUCUUAAAGUGUUCAAUUUUGGAUGAUGAGGAUUGUGUUUGGGAAUACCAAUUUAAUGACAAAAAUGGUGCUGGUAGAUUACGUGGUGGUACUGAAUUGGUCAAUAUAAAUCGAUUGUUAACUACGUUUGACCAUCCAGAAGUUAACCGUGUCAAAAAUUUGAUGCCAGAAAAUCGAGAAAUUUGGAUUGGGGUGGCUAGAGCAGCAUUAGAGAAAUGUGGUUGUGGAGAUAAAAUGUAUCGUCCAAACAUUGUAGUUUUAAUCAAAGAUGGUGAUAAUGAAUAUAGAUUGUCUCAUGUUUCUCCAUUUGUUGAAUUAGGAAUUCCUAUUUUACCAUGGUGGUCGGAUAAGGGGAUCUGUGAUGGGAAGAAUUUGAUUAUUCCUAAUGGUAUUUCAUCGUGGCAUUUGAAUAAGAAUGAAGAUAAUUCUAUUCAAGAUUAUUUGACUCUUAGUAUAUCUAGAGCUGAUGCAACCGUUGAUCUUAUUCAUAUCAAGGGAUUAUUAAAGUCAUUAUUAUUUGAAGAUCCAAAUCUGAAAUUACUAGAGGUGAAUGAUUAUGGAUUUAAUAACAAGAACAUUGAAUGUGCCGUGAAAUCUUCAGAAGUAUUUUGUAAAAAAUAUGGGGAAGAGCAUAAGAAAAAUAAAGAGGAAAAUAAAGCAAAAGGGAAAGGGUCCUCUAAUUAA